GUGAGUCAAGCUGUCAACGCCCUCGUGGACGUUGCUGCUGCCGUCGUAGAGGCUCCGGUUCUUCCAGUACACAAACAGGAGCAACUAGUGGAACAAGCGAAUGCCUUCGACGGCCUGCGUCAAGCUACAGCUUACGUGAACGCCUGCCUGGACCAACUGACGAAACGCCUGAUGUCUGCGUCUGUUCAGGCCCAGCAGGACCCAAUAGUGAUGAGCCUGUUGGAGUCGGAACAUCAGAUCCCUGCCACGCUUGGUGACGGCGAAGCCUUACUGCGUCAGGCUGAGCAUCUAGUACAGACAACAGGUGCUCUGAUCGAAGAACUCCGCAACAACCAAGAACUCUUGUCCGCUGCCAAUGUAUCCGGAGCGGAGGCUGCGAUUCGUGCCGAUCUCCUUGUCGCUGAUGCCUCCCACCUGCUUGAAGCCAUGAAGGUUAGCCACCUCCAACCUUCAUAG